AUGUUGUUUCCGCCACGACACGGGCGUGACUCUUCGUAUCACCACGCGGCCGUCGUUGAAGUGGGAGCCAUGGUGCUCCAAAAUAUGUUCAGCGCCCUCUCCUUUCUCCACUACCGCAAAGACGACGACUUCGUAGACAGAUUAAGCUACUUCUACACCUCAUCCUUUCUAAUAAUGAUGGCCGUGCUCGUCAGCUUCAAGCAGGAUCGGUUGGCGAAGAACGCGAUGACUGACUCCCCAAUUGAU